UUUGGGUCUUCUUGUAUCUAUGCCUACGAGUGUCUUCACGUGUCGGUUGGAUCUCUUUCAACGUUUCAACUUUCAAGUGGCUUAAUAUUUUUGGAUUGUCGUUUUUUGUAACUGUCCCAAAAGAUUGAAUUCAUUCACUUCUAUGCUUUAAUAGCUAGAUAUAGACAGAGCUGCUCUUCCUCUUAUGCAUAGUGGUUGAACAGUGAACACUCAUACUAGAACAUAGUACUAAGUUGCACUGUAAUAAGGGGAGUUGAGGAAUGGAUACCAGAGAAAUUCAGUCACCUGAGGAUGGGGUUGAGACACCAACUGUUUUGGAUGGAAAUUCUGACUCCAUUCAUACAAAGAAGCUAGGAAUGUACUUCAUUGAAUCUGAUGAUAGGCGGACAGCGUUUGGGCGUGGUUAUACGGGUGGUACCACACCAGUUAAUAUUCAUGGAAAACCUAUUCCAGAUCUUUCAAAGACGGGUGGCUGGAUUGCUGCCUUCUUUAUAUUUGGGAAUGAAAUGGCAGAGAGAAUGGCUUAUUUUGGGCUUUCAGUGAAUAUGGUGGCCUUUAUGUUCUAUGUUAUGCAUAGACCCUUCUCCAGUUCAUCAAAUGCGGUAAACAACUUCCUAGGGAUAUCACAAGCUUCCUCUGUCCUUGGUGGUUUUCUAGCUGAUGCAUAUCUUGGUCGAUAUUGGACAAUUGCAAUCUUCACAACAAUUUAUCUGGCGGGUUUGACAGGAAUAACCUUAUGUGCAACAAUGAGCAUCUUCGUGCCAAACCAAGAUAAUUGUGAUCAGUUUUCACUCCUGUUAGGCAAUUGUGAGCCUGCAAAACAAUGGCAGAUGGUAUACCUGUAUGCCGUACUUUAUGUGACAGCAUUUGGAGCUGCUGGUAUAAGGCCAUGUGUUUCGUCUUUUGGAGCUGAUCAAUUUGAUGAAAGCAGACAAGACUACAAAUCUCUCUUGGAUAGGUUUUUCAACUUCUUCUAUCUUUCUGUUACUAUUGGAGCAAUUCUGGCCUUCACUGCGGUAGUAUACAUUCAAAUCAAACAUGGAUGGGGAGCUGCUUUUGGUUCACUGGCUGCAGCUAUGGGCAUAUCAAACAUGGUAUUCUUUCUUGGAACUCCUUUGUAUAGGCAUAGGUUGCCAGGAGGCAGCCCUCUAACACGGGUUGCCCAAGUCCUGGUAGCUGCAUUUCAGAAGAGAAAUAACUCAUUCUCUAGCAGUGAGUUAAUAGGCUUGUAUGAGGUUCCUGGAAAACAAUCUGCAAUUAGGGGUAGUGGAAAGAUAGCUCAUACUGAUGAUUUCAGAUGUUUGGACAAGGCAGCAAUGCAGCUGAAAGAAGAUGGUCCCAAUCCAAGUCCUUGGAGGCUUUGCACUGUGACUCAAGUAGAGGAAGUCAAGAUCCUUUUGAAACUUAUCCCCAUACCAGCUUGCACAAUAAUGCUCAAUGUAAUCUUAACAGAGUUUUUAACUCUCUCAGUACAGCAAGCCUAUACUCUAAACACCCACAUGGGUCAUCUAAAACUCCCAGUAACAUGCAUGCCUGUAUUUCCUGGUCUCAGCAUAUUUCUUAUACUAUCUCUCUAUUACUCCACAUUUGUCCCAAUAUCCCGACGCAUAACUGGUCAUCCCCAUGGAGCUUCACAACUUCAAAGAAUAGGCAUUGGUCUAUUAGUUUCUAUCCUUUCUGUGGCAUGGGCUGGGACUUUUGAAAGGUACCGAAGAAACUAUGCAAUAAAACACGAGUACGAUGCUAAUUUCUUAAUUCCGAUGCCCAACCUAAGUGCGUACUGGUUGUUGAUUCAAUAUUGCCUGAUUGGCUUAGCUGAAGUAUUUUGCGUGGUGGCAUUACUAGAAUUUCUCUAUGAGGAAGCCCCAGAUGCCAUGAAAAGUAUAGGAUCUGCUUAUGCUGCUAUAGCUGGUGGUUUAGGUUGCUUUGUAGCCUCUAUAUUGAACAGCAUUAUCAAAUCCGUCACAGGAAACCCAGGCAAAGGACAGCCAUCAUGGUUGUCCCAAAAUAUAAAUACUGGUAGAUUUGAUUAUUUGUAUUGGCUCCUUACUGUUUUGAGUCUAAUAAAUUUCUUAGCUUUUCUGUAUUCAGCACAUCGGUACAAGUACAGAGCAAGUCAUAAUUUUGAGACGGGGAAGCAAGAUGUAAACAACAAAUAGAAUUCCCUCUCCAUGGUUAGUUAAAUAGGAAUUGGGCACAUUAGUUGGAUAAGGGCCAAUUUCCCUUGCACAAUUUUCCUCUUUCUAGAUUUUGUACUUGAAAAAGUGUUAGGGUAUGUUUGGUAGACUGUAAUAAGAGCUGUAAUGUAAUAGUUAUUCUUUAGUUUGGUUA